AUGUACGAACAGGAGCUUCGGGAUUACCAUUCAGACUCGGCCCAUGAAUCGGAAGAUGAGUACAACAAGAAAAAAGUCUACGAAGUGGUGACAGUGACAGGAGAUAUCCGGGGAGCAGGCACUGAUGCCAAUGUCUUCGUGAUUCUUUUUGGAGAAUUUGGCAUCACCCCAAAGGUCCAUCUGACUAGCAAGAGCUGCUCUGCCUUUGAAAGGAGCAAAACGGAUGUCUUCCGAGUGAGGACCAACAAUGUUGGUACUAUAAAGAAGAUCAGAAUUGAGCAUGACAACACGAGUAUGAGUCCCAGUUGGUAUCUGGACCGUGUGAUCGUGACAGACAUGGCCAGGCCACACCUCCGGUUUUAUUUCCCCUGCAACAAUUGGCUAAGCAGAGACGAUGGAGAUGGACUUUACGUCAGAGAUCUGAUUGGCAGCCUCAACCCCAUGGAUGUUCCCAAAGUGAACAAAUAUGUCGUCAGAGUGUUCACCGGUGACAUGAACGGCAGCGGAACCGAUGCCGAUGUUUUCAUCAACAUCUUUGGCCAGAAUGGAGACACAGGUAUUGUUUAUAAUGUUGCUGUGGUGACAGGAGACAUCCGAGGGGCUGGUACCAACUCCAAGAUCCACAUUGUCAUGCAUGGCUCUAAAGGGCAGAAAAACAGUGGGAAGGUCUUCCUGGAAGGAGGUGAAUUUGAACGGGCCCGGUCUGAUCUUUUCAACGUGGAGAUAGCUGCUCUUCUGAGUCCCUUGAGUCGCGUCUCCAUCGGACAUGAUAAUGCCGGUCUCAGCUGUGGCUGGUAUUGCGAGAAGGGAAAAGAAAACAAACAGCCACCUCAGCAGUCCUUGCCCAUUCCUGUGCUUCAGUCACAUUGGAAGGUUGUGGCCCUCGACAAUGACAGUGGUUGGGAGGAGCAAUGA